AUGCCAUCCCGUACCGACAUCGAUGUGAACCUUCUCGGCUCCCUCUACACCACCCGCAUCGCGAGCGUCUACCUCCGUCACAACCGCGGCGUGCACAACGACCGCUCCAUCCUCCUUUUCUCCUGCGCCGCUGGCUUCAAGGAAACCCCCGGCGUGUCCGUGUACCAAGCCGCCAAGCACGGCGUCCAGGGCCUCAUGCGCUCCCUGCGCCCGUACUUCUCCUCCCCCUCCAAGCACAACCUUCGCAUCAACACCGUUUGUCCCUGGAUGACCCAGUCUUGCGCCACCGGCGCCAAAAAGGUCGGUGACCGCUGGGCCAAGGAGGGACUGCCGGUUAGCACUACUCUGGAGGUGGCCGAGGUCGCGGCGGGGGUGUUGGCUGAUCCGUCACUAAACGGGACUUCAAUGUAUGUGGAGGGUGGGCGAGCCUGGGAGAUCGAGGCCAAUAUCGACCGUCUGGAGCCGCAGUGGCUGGACGAGGAGCCGUCCCAGGUGCUUGCCAAGGGGCAGAAGGUGUUGCAUGAAGCAUGGGCUGCUUGA